AGAUAGUUUUUUUAGGGCUUAUCUCGUGGAGAGCUCGUGGAGAAUACAUGCUUAUUCGGAUGAUGUUCGUAAGGGUUCGGGAUCCAAACGUAGGAUAGGAACCCCUCAGUUGGAACGAAACCCGUGACAAGAUCAUUGAAAGAUCAUUUUAGACAUUGAUCUUUGCCUUAAACCUUUUCUUUUAUUCGCGUGAACCGUAUAAACUUGUCUUCAAAGUGUUCUAACUAGUAACCAUGACUUGCAAGUGCUCUCUUCUAUGUCUAUCUAUAGCCUUGGCUUUCAUUGGAGCUGCUUUCUUAGUCACUGGCUUGGUUUUAUGGCUAGAUGGAAUCUUUCAAAACAUCAUUAAUAAAAAAGUAGAUGAGAGCAUCAUGCUGAAGGAAGGAGGUCUGGUUUUCAAGCAGUGGCAGGAACCAACAUCGCCCAUUUUAAUGCAAUAUUUUUUCUUUGAUCUGAAAAAUCCACAAGAAGUUUUUGAGGGCAAAGGAAAACCAUUUUUAUCACAAAAAGGUCCAUAUUCAUACAGGGAAAUGAGAAGCAAUCACAUUAGGAACUGGACCAAUGGCAACACAGAGGUCAUAUUUAUGCCAAACAGAACCUAUAUAUUUGAUCCAGAGACCUCGUGUGAGGGAUGUAAUGAUACACUGGAUACAUUCACUACUGUUAACAUUCCACUUCUGGCACUAGCCAAAUGGCUGAAAGACACAAAUUACUCAAAUGUGCACCCAAUCUGCUUAACUCUUCUUAAAGGAAUUAUUGGUGGCCUUAAAGUGAAAUUGUUUCAGAAUAAAACUGUGCAUAAAAUGCUUUGGGGGUAUGAAGAUGAAAUGCUGAAAUUGUUGAAAGCUUUCAGUAAUCCUUUGUGUCCAGUAAAACCAGGAAUUGAUCCAUUCAUUCAACUACAAUACAAUAAUACCUACUUUGGGAUCUCUGCAAUCAAUACUGGGCAAAAAGAUAUUGACAAACUAGAACAGUACACCAUGUGGAGAGAUGCAAAUAAAUUGUCGUGGUGGAUGGAUAACUAUACAAACAUGAUUAAUGGAACAGAUGGAACUCAGUUCAAGCCAAGAAUAUCAAAGGAUGAUAAGCUAUAUGCAUUUGUGCCCGAGAUAUGCAGAUCUAUAUAUGCUGUGUACGAUAGUACGAUUAAGGUACGCGAUAUUACCUUGUAUCGUUUCACAUCUCCUAAAGAACUCUACCUCUCUGGUGACGUGUACCCCCUGAAUAAAGGCUUCUGUGUCCCCCCUGCAUGUCUGCCUACUGGGUUACUGAAUGUAACUCUAUGCCAACCACAAAAUCCUCCAAUAGCUAUCUCUCCACCCCACUUCUACGAAGGCAAUGUUUCAUUAGUAGAAGCUGUUGAUGGCCUUGAUCCCAAAGCAAGUGAACACGCAACAUAUAUCGACAUAGAGCCUAUUACUGGUAUCACGAUGCAAGCAAAUAAGAGAAUCCAGGUCAAUGCACAUGUCAUGCCUUUUAGCAAACUACCUGAGACGGACUCGAAAAUGGCGCCUGUGUUCUUACCAAUCAUGUAUGUGAAUGAGAGUGCUAAAAUAAGUGAGCAUGAUGCGGCGGAUUUCCGUAAGCAAGUCUAUGAUAAAAUCGAACUCACUAAGGGAAUAGAAUUUGGGUGCAUUGCUUUGGGAGCCGUUCUGAUUGCUGCCUCGGUGAUUGUAUUCAUAUUCCAUGCAAGAAGGAAGGGAUGGAUCUUCAACAACAACAAAGAUGAGAAACUACUGAAUGAACCCCCAAGGACAUAUGGUAACAUAGAGACGUAGUUUGACCCUUGACUAGAAAAGUGGAUUCAGGCUCUUGUGAGCGUUUUUUAUCUUACAUUAAUCAUGCAAUAACAAAUCACGUGAUUAAGUUAGUAAAUUUUAGAGACCAUUUAAUGCUACUGCUGACUAGCAAUGAAAACAUUAAGUCAGUGUGCAGUUCGGGAUACAAGUUACGCCAUUUUAAUUGCUAGUUUUCAAUCAUUCCCAAGAGAAUGGAAUAACAAAAGACACGGCGGCCAUGUUGGAUGAUAUAACAAAAGAUACUUAUGACGUCAUCCAACAUGGCGGCUGUAAAACCAUCAAGUAAUUAAAGUGUCAUUAGCUAUAUUUUUAUGCUUACAAAUUUCGUUUGAAAAAAAAUAUAUUUGGUAAUCUAUAUUUAUAUAUUUUUAAUGUUUCAUGAAAACGAAUCGAAUUCUAUUUUAAAUAGGUUUUUACGAUGUAAUUUAGAAUGUGGGAGAGGUUUUAAAUAAAAUUCAAACGCUUAAACGCA